UUCAUUUGGACGAUCAGUUCGUCUCGUCCAGCAGCGCAGGGAGGCCGGUUGAACAAGAAAAUUUUCGCUUUAAACGAGGGGUGUCUAAGCUAUUAUUCGUAAUAAUCCUAGAAAUAAAACGCCGAGCAAUUACCCCGAAAAAAGUUUGAAAGACAACGCGCAUUCUCCGCGACAUGCUGCUGCUAGUGCUGCUAGGACGAACGUGAAGCUGCUCGAGUUAACGCGUUUCGAUCGAUUUGGAAAGCUCCCGUGUAUAUUCUCCUGGAAAAUAAAAUUCGUAUUCCUCGCGUAGUGUGAAAAUAGUGUGCUGCAAAGUGUGCGUGAUUGGAGAAGAGAAAGGUAUUGGAUUUGUGAGCUGGAAAAAGGAAAGGAAAGGAAAGGAAAGGAAAAGAAGGAAGAAGGAAGAUAGUGUCGGAUUAGGGGAAAAGAGCUUUUCCGGUGUGUCGGUGGUGUUAAGAAAGAAAAGCUUAGGAAAUAAGUAACACGGAAGAAGGCUUUAGAUAGCGGCGUUAGCAUCGGUUUACGUACACCUUUGGUGUUGAAUCGUUGAACGGGCGGACCCAAGGAUUCCCUAUCUCUCGCGCUCGUCUCUCUCUUUCUCUUUCCGUCUCUCUUCGUCUCUCUCCGUGUUUCUCUUUAUUAGUCUAUCCCUUUCUUUCUUUUUCUUUUGUGCCGUUUCUACGUCACUAAAUCCCUAUCCUGCUCAUCGGUUGGCUUGCCGGCUUUAAGAGCGAGAGAUACGAUACAGACAGACGGACAGACGGAUCGUGCACGUUUUUUUUCUUCUUAUCCUUUGAUAAGAAAGUAGAAAAGGUGAAGAGAGGAAAAGGAUUAGAAGAUUAAAGAAAGAGAAAAUAAGAACAAAUUAUCGUGUCGAGUCGUGGCGCAGGAUAGGAGAGGUGGUGGUGGCGUAGUGCGACGAGUUAGAUCACAACCGGCAUCGCAUCGUCCACCCUAUUUCCUUCACCUUCUCUCUUCGUAGGAGUUAUUGGACGCACCGGCAGGAGGGGGGCCGCCCUUUUAAAACAAAAAGUGAGAAAGAGAGAGAGACAGAGAGACAGACAGGCGUAAUCCUCGGCGUCUCUCUAACCACAAUCACUUACCACAUCAUUACAUUUACCAACACCAUCUCAUUAACCUUUUUCGUGUCUUAUUUGCUCUUGAUCAUCAUCGGUCGAUCUCUUGUUGAAAAAAAGUAUUCUUCCUCGUUGUGUCCUCUUGUUGCUCUCUCUCCUAUCGAUCGAGCAGUGCAUGUGAGAAGAAGAAGAAGAAGAAGAGAGUGCUGCGCCGCUUUGAGUUUCUUUUCGUCCGGCGCGCGUUUGUUUGUGCUACCACAACGAAACGGGGUUAACGGCGAAUCCAGCAACGACAACAACAACAGUGGUAGUAACGACGCAACGAGUUCUACUUACUUCGGAUACGGUGGAGAGUUUCGGUGUAGGAUACGGCCAGGGUGCAAGCACCAGUACAGGCGACUGGAUGAAACCACCGGGGGACUUAUUCCUUUAUUACGAUAUGAAGGAUCUGGGAGCCGACAUGAUCGCUCCCUCGGCAAAAAAGCUUUGGGGUGUGGACGAAGGCGGUUCCAAGGACGAGGGUGGCGUAAAAGGUGGUGGGGGGAUACUUCACCUGGGCGACCACCAAAUGUGGCGAGAUUCUACUUGGAGUACUUCAGAUCAUGCUGUAUCACAACCAAUAUCGAUGGGCAGACGAGUGGGUGUUGGUACCGGAUAUCAUCAUCAAACUUCUGAAGUUGGGACUGUUCUCAGUCCUAGAAGCAGUGAAACGGGUGGAUUGGGAGUCAAGAUGGUGGAAUAUGUUCUUGGUUCAAGUCCCACGACACCUAAGGAUUUAGAACCUCGAAUGGGAUCUCUUCGAUUGAAUACGGACACAGACAAAAAAGAAAAAGAUAAAGGAUCGGCAAGCCCAUUUGAUAAUUCGAAAGAUGAUACUGGUCCACAAGGUAAUGGAUUAGCUUCACAAAAUGGUCUUGACGAUGAUAAAGGUUUCAAUCGUACACCAGGAAGUCGUCAGCCAUCGCCAGGUGAAGAAGAAUUUCAAAAAAAUGCGGCGGCAACGUUAGCAGUUAGCGCAGGCGGUGCCGGGGUAGUUUUAUUAAAACCAGGUGUCGACGUUGUCGGAAGUGAGGAACAUUUUAUGGCAGCGUUUGCUGCAGCACCACCGCACCAUCUUCAACAUCACCAGGCACCACCAACGCAUCAUCUUCAACAUCCUCAUUCCCAUGCGGCGCAAUUGUUUGGUGCACAAGCACCGCCACCCCCGCAAGCACCUCCACCAUCACAACAACAGCAACAGCAACAAGGUCCACCCCAACCGCAGGACACUACAACUCAUUUCGACGUACAGCAAUUGUUUCGCAGUCAGCCGCAAGGUGCAACGCCUCAACAAUUACAGUUGCUCCAGCAACAACAGCAACAACAACAACAGCAACAAUAUUUGGCUGCAUCCCAGGCCCAACAACAACAGCAACAACAACAACAGCAACAACAAAACUUUCCUACGGCACCGUAUACCGUUAUCAGCGGACAAGAACCAUAUGUAGGAGCAUUGAUAGCUGGUGCACCGCCACCAGUGGUACCACAGUAUUAUGGAGUUGGUCCGUGGGUUUAUCCCGCUGGUCUACUACCGCAAGCACCACCGCAAGCUGCAGCCCCACCUCCACCGAGACGACCGCUUACACCUUCCUCGGCAGCGGCUGCUGCAGCUGCGGCUCAGGACACCGCUAAUAAUUUGGCACAAACGGUUCAAGGCCAAUACCAAGUUAUACCAGCUUACUACGAUCAAAAUGGAUCCAUAGUCAUGGGCGGCGUACGCGGCCUUAGUUCCGCGGCAACUCCAAUGAGAUUGGUCAGUCCAGCACCCGUUCUGGUGAACAGAGCUCCUUCACAGCCACCUCCUGGACCACCUGCUCCACCACCACCGAGUCUUUAUUCACAGGCAACUCCGACAUCCCACAGCAAUGCUACGCCUGGUGAAUGUUUAGGUCUGGCAGCGUGCAGUGCAGCAGCAGUCGUUGCACAAGCUCAGGCAGUUGCCGUACAACAGGCACAACAACAAGGAUCAGGACUUGCCGCAGGUCUAGCGGCUUUGGGAUAUGGAGGUUCUCCUCUUGGAGCAUUGGGCUCACCUGCCCAACUUCAAACUACAGGUUUAGGACUGGGAGCAUCUUCGACAGGGAGAAGGGAUUCUUUUGACAGAAAUACUUCGGCAUUCAGUCCAAGUUUGGAAUACAGUCGAGCGAAAUGGCCACAAAGUUAUGGAGCACUUGGUACAGUAACAGCUUCUCCGAGUCCCCUGGGAUUAUCCGUGACUCCACCACCAAUUUUGGGAGGAACUUUGGGCGGACUUGUAGGAGGUGCGAAUCGAGUAUCAGCUGCUCCAGGUGCUGAAGCCAAAUUUCGUGCAAGCACUGUACCAGCAUUGACAGCUAAUGGUGUCUUUGGCUCGAGCAGUUCACUUUUCCCCAAUUUAGUCGGUAAAACUGGCCGUACUGGAACUACGAAUAUUGGUGACAAAAAUACUAGUGGUCGAUCUCGUCUUUUGGAGGAUUUCAGAAAUAAUCGAUUCCCGAGUCUUCAGUUACGUGAUUUAGUUAAUCAUAUCGUUGAAUUCAGUCAAGAUCAACAUGGUUCACGUUUCAUUCAACAAAAAUUAGAACGUGCUUCUGCUAACGAAAAACAUCUUGUAUUUCAAGAGAUACUUGCAUCAGCUUAUUCUCUUAUGACAGACGUUUUUGGAAAUUAUGUUAUACAAAAGUUCUUUGAAUUUGGCACGCCUGAACAGAAAUCUACUCUAGCUCAAAAGGUUCGUGGCCAUGUGUUACCAUUAGCACUACAGAUGUAUGGUUGCAGAGUAAUACAAAAAGCUUUAGAAUCUAUUGGGCCAGAACAGCAACAAGAAAUCGUUCGAGAAUUGGAUGGUCACGUAUUGAAAUGCGUGAAAGAUCAAAAUGGAAAUCACGUUGUUCAAAAAUGUAUCGAAUGCGUUGAACCACGAGCAUUGCAGUUCGUUAUCGGUGCAUUCGCCGGACAAGUUUAUUCUCUGAGUACUCAUCCAUACGGAUGUAGAGUAAUUCAACGUAUAUUGGAACACUGCACUGCGGAACAAACGCAAGGGAUUUUACAAGAAUUGCAUGCUGCUACAGAUCAGCUUAUACAAGAUCAGUAUGGUAAUUACGUCAUCCAACACGUAUUAGAACACGGCAAGCCAGAAGAUAAAACACAAUUGAUUAGCAGCGUCAGGGGUAAAGUACUCGCACUAUCUCAACACAAAUUUGCAAGCAAUGUGGUUGAAAAAUGUGUUACCCAUGCUACGAGACAAGAACGCGCCGUACUCAUAGAGGAAGUAUGUGGCUUCAAUGACAAUGCGCUUAACGUCAUGAUGAAAGAUCAAUACGCAAAUUACGUGGUACAGAAGAUGAUCGACGUAGCCGAACCUGCGCAACGUAAAGUAUUGAUGCACAAGAUUCGCCCACACCUAGGAAGUCUCCGCAAGUAUACGUAUGGCAAACAUAUAAUCGUUAAAUUAGAGAAAUUCUUCAUGAAGACAGCAUCCGCGAUUGGUGUAUCGACGCCAGCUGGUGCCUCUAAUAACGGUGGAGAUCUUGGACCUAUAGGACCUCCAGCAUCCGCUGCUGGUACUGUUUCCACACCGGCGCAACAACCCACGCAGGUUUUAUAAGCGCACGAUAUUCAAAACUCUCUUCUCCCGCCUCCCAAAAAUCACCACAACCACCACCACCACCACCGCCAACAAUCAACAACCACCAUCACCAUCACCACCACCAAAUAAGCUGAAAUUUUCACAUGCCCCGACACCAUAAUUUACCGUAACAUCGACUAGGACUCGUUCUACAUCAUCCGUUUUACUACGUCAUCGUAUUUUACGCAUUUCGAGAGUUACGUUACGAUUAUAUCUUUCUUCAAGUAUAAGAAAGAAAGAAAGAAAGAAAGAAAGAAGGAAGGAAAGAAAGAAAGAAUAUGAAAAAAACUAAUAUCUAGAAUUUAGCAUGUUCGCAAGCUAUAGUAUCUAAAAGAAAAAAAAAGAGAGAGAGAGAGAGAGAGAGAGAGAUAUGGUUGUUUAUCAUUUCUUGCAGCAUUAUUGAACAUUUGUUGUUUGUACAGAUUUUUCUCGAAUAACUUUAUUGAUAUAAACGAGAAUCAUGGCACGAUAUACAUAUAUAUACGUGUAUAUAUAUGUAAUUUUUUUCCUUCAUUUUUUUCUUCAUUAAAAAAUAAGUGUUCUUCGAAUGAAAAAAGUAAGAUAGGUAGAUAGAAAGAAAAAGAGAACACGCAGAUUCUUAGAUUUGGUGGUUAGAAAGAAAGAAGAAAAGAAAGAAAGAAAGAAAGAAAGAAAGAAAGUAUGAGUAGGAACGAAAGAAGGAAUAUAAUGGUGUAGUAAUGCAUUUUUUCUAUCGUUACACAUUAUUACAAAAAGAAAAUGAGGAAUGAUGAUGAUGAUAUAUUCGUCGAGAGUUUGAUGUGUAUUCAUUGAAUUAUUGUAUUCAAAUAUCGUAAAGAGUUUAGCAUUAUAUUAUGACAUUCGUCAAUGAUUUUUCGUGUGUGAGAAGAAGCAGACGAUAAGCUAUAAAAAGCAUGUCGCAUAUAUUUACAUAAUUACGUAUAUGUAAAUAUAUAUAUAUAUAUUAUUCAUAUACACAAGUAACAUCAUGAAUUAGAAAGGAGAUUUAAAAGAAAUCGUGGCGGCUAAGAGAUUAAUACGAAUGAUGUAUUGACAUAUAUAAAAAAUGUGUAAAGAUCCAACGGUAUGAAACGAUUAAAAUAAUCUCACAUAAAUAAUAUGAUUAUAAAGAUCGAAAGCGUUUACGACAGAUUUUUGUAGACGAGUUUUAAGCAACUCUGCUAAAUGCGUCUUUAGAGCUAAAGAAAAAACGAUAGAGAUGGAGAGAGAGAGAAAGAGAGAGAGAGAGAGAGAGAGAGAGAGAGAGAGAGA